UGGAAAAUCAUGAGCAUAUUCGUCCUCUCGCUUGCGAUCCUCCCACCAGCGGUUCCGUCCUUGCUGAGCCGGCUGUCGCCGCUGAGCCGCCGCGCGGUGCUUGCGACGGGCGUCGGCGGCGCUGCAGGGAUUGCUGCUGGCCUACCAGCUCCAGCACUCGCCGACAGCUCCGCCGUCUACCGGCCAGCGCCUGGCUCGCUCGCGGGCACGACUGUGCUGAUCACUGGCGCCAACACCGGCCUGGGCCUGGAGAGCGCCAAGCGGCUGGCGGCUGGCGGCGCAAACGUCGUGGUGACCGCCCGCACGCAGGCGAAGGCGGAGGACGCGGCACGCAAGGUGAGCGCGGAGGCGAGCGAAGCACAGCGCGUGACCGCUGUCAGCUUGGACUUGGCCGACCUCCGCUCGGUGCGGACUUUGCCAACGCGGCUCGAUGCGGCGCUCGGUGCUAAGGAGGCGGCGAUCGACGUGCUGCUGAACAAUGCUGGCGUGAUGGCGAUCCCGCAGCACCUCGUCACCGCGGAUGGGUUCGAAAAGACGGUGGGGAUCAACCACCUCGGCCACUUUGCGCUUGUCGCCGCGCUGAUGCCCGCUCUCAAGCGCUCCGCCGCCGGCUUCCGGAUCAUCACCGUGUCGUCCGACGCACAUCGGCUCGCGACGUCCGAAUCGAUCAAGGCGGCCCUCGACGCGAACUUGGACCCGGAGUACGCGGCGGCUGGGUGGGGCAACUACGGGCUCUCGAAGGCUGCCAACGUCCUCUUCACAGUCGAGAUGCAGAGCCGUAUCGAGGCGGCGGGCCUCAAGGGCUCCGCAGUCAGCCUGCACCCUGGGGUCGUGCAGACAGACCUGGGGCGCUUCAUCAUGGGCGGCGUGGGCGCGGAGGACGUGCGCCUGUCGGAGACGGCGGCGGCGCCGACCGGCGUCGGCAAGCUUCUCAAAGAGACGCUGCUUGACAAGGUGGUGAUCCCCGUCGAGGUGGGCGCAAACACACAGGUCUUCCUCGCCGCGGCGGCAGACGCGGGCGGCGACCGCGCGCGCCGCCCAAAGACACUCUACUUUGACAAGAUGAAGGCGGUGAAGCCCAACGACGCUGCCGCCGACCCCGCCCUCGCAAAGAGGCUAUGGGAGAUCAGCGAGACGCUUACAGGUGCAACGGUUGAUUUGUAGACACAGUCACGCUCAGGCAGGGAGCCACAUCGCACAUGCACUCCAGCUGCAGCUCUGUUGGAGCUCGCGUGUUUUUCGUCUAUUUCUUCUAUGUUAUAAAU